UUUUUUUCGAAUUGAAAUCCAUUUCAAUAUGUUGUCACCAUCGGAGAAAGCACCCGUUGUACUCUCCCUAACCGCCUAACUUCCGGUGAUGAGCUAAGCCUAACUGCAUAACCUACUGGACUGCUCUCUUUAUUCUUUCCUUCUGCUUCUGGAAAUGGCAUUUGUAACACAUCACUCCUUCACUCUGAUAUGACCCGACCCGAGUUGAUCAUGUUGCAGCGAGGUCACGGAAAGAACAAGGAGAAGAUGGUGAGGAGCAAGCGGACAGUAGUCCUGAUUGUGUUGGGGCUGGCAAUGGUGAUGGGCUUAGCUAUCUACUUGCGUCUUUGGACAAUCGAAUACCGCAUCACUACCGACGAGACCGAACUAAUCAGGAAACAAUUUGAUCUUGCUAAUAGAGAAGCAAUGGAUGAAUCUGCAUAUUGGAGGAGUAGAUUUGAUGAGGAGGCAGGACAGGUUAGCAACUGCCAGAAGGAGCUACUUGAGAUUAAGCAGUCUUCUGGGGUGGAGGGUACUGGCAUCAAUAGCAAAUUGGAAUCAUUACGAAAGGAAAACAUGGACUUGCUUGAUAAGAUUGAAUCUUUGAAACAAGAGCUUGGAUCAGUAAAGUUGAAAUGCAGCAUGAAACAACCCAUGGGAGUUUUUGCUAUUGAGGGAACACCUAAGUAAGCUGCUUAAGGAAUUUACAGUACUUUUAUGCUUCCAGUAAAGGAAUUGUAGAGGGCAAGAAAUAUUAUAUGAUUCACUUACGUUGAGUUGUUCUGUUAUUUUUGAAAGGAGCAAUGCUUACUGAAUUUGUAGAGUUCUUAGUUCUCUGAGAGUUCAUGACCACCAAA